UGGACGCCCGUUUGUUCAGCAAGGUGCUGAAGGGGCAGUAGGAUGGUCGCGGACAGGCAGCGCAGCAGACACCCGGGCGAGGACCCGCGCGCGUCACUGGAUCCGCUAAGGGGCCCGGGCCUGGCGUCCGCGCCUGCCGCACGCACGCGCACUGCACCCAGCAUGAGGGUCGCGGCCCUGAUCAGUGGCGGGAAGGACAGCUGUUACAACAUGAUGCAGUGCAUUGCUGCGGGGCAUCGCAUUGUUGCUUUAGCAAAUCUAAGACCAGAUGAAAACCAAGUGGAGUCAGAUGAAUUGGAUAGCUACAUGUAUCAGACAGUGGGUCACCAUGCCAUUGACCUGUAUGCAGAAGCAAUGGCUCUUCCCCUGUACCGCAAAACCAUAAGAGGAAGGAGCUUGGAGACAGGAAAAAUGUAUACCACACGGGAAGGUGAUGAGGUUGAAGAUCUCUAUGAACUAUUGAAACUUGUUAAGGGCAUUGCUAGAGUGACCUUGCUUGCUCAAUAUGUUGCUCUGAAUCCCCAAGACUUUCACAUGCAUUUGGAAGUGGGCAGCCGGAUUGUUUACAGGAAUCCAAAUGAACUGUGCACUCACAGCAAGUUUGAUAAACACACAUUUCCUCCUUUUAUCAGUGAGAUUGCAGAAUGUGAAGUAUGA